CGGUGAAGCAUGCCAACCGUUAAGCGGUUCGACCUAGCAAUUGUUUCAUCCAGUUUCACAUCCUUUUUUUUUUUUUCUUUUUUCGCAUUUCCCCCUCUGCGUGUCUUCGCUAAUCGACAUUUCAUUUCACGCAUCAACUUCACGUGGGCUGGGAUUCCCCCGGCCUUACACUACUACAUCGUAAGGUGCUCAAUCGUCCCCAGCCUUGGCGUCAUGACGAUGACAUCGUCGUCUCAGCGGCACCAUCUCCGACUCAGCGCGACGAUCCUCUGAGCAUCAAAUCCCGGCAGUCACAAUGGAGAGCCAGUCGAACGGCCUGACAAAACUCUUGCCAAAGUCAAUCGCAGCGAAACGGCGACGCAAGAAGAGUACUUCGCCGGGCGAAGUUGUGAGCGUCGACGAUGACGUUGAGCCACAGAGGGGAGACAUAGACGCCAGUCGCAGCAUUCCCGGUAGCGGCAGCGGCAGCGGUAGCGGCACUCCUUCGCUCACCUCGCUCAAAGGCAGCCUGAACAGCACCAGUAACGACAACACCACCCCGGCCGUUGACGACCCUGAUCCCGAAUCCAUCAACCAAAGGCCCACUGCCAUCUCCGCCCAUCCGUCCCAGAUCGGCUACCUGCCGACGUCGUCGCCCCUCGUGCAAGCUACUCACGAUCCUGAGCCGCUCGAUCCAGAGGAAACGCACAGAGAACCCGCAAGAUCUUUCACUUUGUCUCAGGAUAGCUCCGAGAGCGGCGUCCAAUCCGCCCCGACGCUCGACCGGGGCCGAACCACCCUCGAACCCCCUGAACUGCGCACGAAGCGAUCAUCGUCUACGAGCCGCUUGAGAGACGUAUUCAAACCAAAGAAGAGCUCAGGCGAGGCAAAGAGCGCAUCCGGUCAAGAUAAGCGGCAGGCUUCGCCGGCCCCGGCACAGGAAGCCGAGCCCAAGUCCUCGGUUGACCGCAGCCGACGUUUCUCGCGGGGCCAGCAGCUUGAGCCGCUGACAGUCCCGCCUCGAACACCUCCCCAGGACGGGGCCGCGCCAUUGAUCGUGAACACACCGCCGACUCCAACCGAUACGCAGCCGGCGAUUCCCACGACUACCGCCGGCCCAACGCGCCCGGCUGAUGCGGUUCUGAAGGGGGAGAGCAUGAUCACUCAGAGGCGGAGGGCAGGCUCGAAUGCUGGCCCAAGCAAGCUGUCCAACGUGGUCGCCCCGCCGUUGACACCGACGCCCGAGAGCGGUCCAGUAACGCCUGGCAACCCCAACUCCGCCGCCAACUUCUUUUCCUCCAUGUUCUCGGCAGUCCAGAACACUGCCAGCUCGCUCAGCACCACGAUCCCAUCCCUUGGUCAGGGCGCUCCCAAGAACAAGGGGACGCCGGUAAAAGGCCAGGCGACCGAGAAGGAGUCGGACACAGUCGCGGUCGAAUCCGCGGCUUCGCAACGGCCGUCCAGCGAGCCCAAAGAGCCGGCUAUCAAGACGCUCGGCAUGGGCGACCUCAGCCUCAGCCAUCUGGGCAUUGCGGAAACGCCCAGCGCCGCGCCGAGUCCUAUCACGGGACGCUUUGCGGAGACGGAGACACGAGCGAGGUCGGAGUCCGCGCCCGCGGAUCCUCAUGGCAUUGGGAGUGACCUCCCGGAGGACUCGAAGGACGUGAACGGCCCCCGUCCGCACUCCAUUCAGGACGCAGCAGCAGCAGCAGCAGCAAAUGGGGAGCGGACCAUCCCGGCGGGAAGCGUUUACGAGGACAAAUCCGGCGUUCGCCGCAGCGGAAGCAUACGCAGCGCCAUCGGUCAUGGCCGAAAUCGCGGAAGUAGCAUAGCCACCCACCAUACCGCGGCUACCGGCCCUAUCGGUGCUGCCAUCGCGGCCGCGAAUUCAUCCCUGGUUAAUCCUGGCGUGGGUGCUCCAAAGCUGACUGGGUUCGCCGUCGCCAAUAAGAAGCGCAAUCGUGACUUCCACAUGUUGUUCAAGAGCGUGCCAGACGAUGACUAUCUCAUCGAGGACUACAGCUGUGCCCUGCAGCGCGAGAUCCUCGCACACGGCCGCUUGUACAUAUCCGAGGGCCACCUGUGCUUCAGCAGCAAUAUCCUCGGUUGGGUCACGACAUUGGUCAUGAGCUUCGACGAGAUAGUCUCGGUCGAGAAGCGCAGCACGGCCCUGGUGUUCAAGAACGGCCUGGAGAUCUCGACGCUGCACGCAAAGCACAUCUUUGCCUCCUUCGCCAGCCGCGACACCACAUACGACCUCAUCAUCAAGAUAUGGAAGCUUGGCCAUCCCCAUCUGCAGAGUUCGCUCAACGGCGUCCGCCUGGAGGAGCCGGGCGGCGACCGGACCGAAAAGGUCGAUGUCGAGUCGGUAUCGGCAACCGGGAGCCACAGUAUAUCGGGCUCCGACGGAGAAGAGAGUGACGAUGAGGAGGAUGUCUACGACGAGGACGAGGACGAGGAGGACAGCCAGGCGGCUGGGCCUCCCUCCGAUGGCCCUGCUGUCCCGGAGAGCACCGAUAAGGCUAUCCCGCGCAAGGCCUCCGGCGGCCUGGCGUCCCCCGAGAAGCAGGACGAUGGUGCGCAGGCCGGCACUCCCGACUUCCCCGGGCCUGCGACACAUGCGCCCACGGACUGCGGGGACGCGGCGACACAUUUUGAGAAGGUGCUGGGCGACGAUGUCAUCCCCGCCCCCCUGGGCAAGGUCUACACCAUGUUGUUCGGCCCCGCCUCCGCCGCCUGGAUGGGCCGGUGGCUCACGACAGAUCAGAAGUGCACCGAUCUCCAAAUGGAAGACAAGCGUGGCCUGACGGAAGAGGUCAGGACGCGCAACUACACGUACAUUAAGCCUCUGAACGCCUCAUUAGGACCGAAGCAGACAAAGUGCAUCGUCACUGAGCGGCUCGAGCACAUUGACCUCGAAAAGGCGGUCAGCGUUCUCGUCACCACGCAGAACCCGGACGUUCCCCAGGGAAACACGUUUACCGUUAAGACGAAGUACUGCCUCUCCUGGGCGGAAAACAACGGCACCCGUGUCCAGAUUAAUAACGUCAUCGAAUGGACCCGCACGAGCUGGCUCAAGGGUGCCAUCGAACGCGGCGCGAACGAAGGUCAAGCACAGUACUGCAAAGACCUUUUUGCCGCGCUCAAAGCCGCCGUCGCAUCCCGCCCACGGGCGGGUACGCUCAACGGCGCCGCCGGGGCGCGCGGUAAGAAGCGCAGCCGCAAGAGCAAGUCCGCCCUGGCCUCGAGUCCCACCGGCGACACUGAGGGUGCCGCCACGGUCUCGGCCGAGCAGAGCUGGGGCAUCUUUGAGCCCGCCCGCCCCAUCCUCAAUUCUGUCGUCGAUGCCAUCCGGCCCAUUCUCACCGGGAACAUCGUCUACGGGUUGCUCGUUGGUCUGCUGGUCGCCUCAUGGUUCGGGUUUGGUACCCGCCAAGUCGCUCCGCGGUACACCCUCGAUCCGGCUUUCGCCAACGCGCCACAACGGCUCGCGGCAUAUGAGGAGAUGUGGAGGAGGGAGGAGAGCGACCUGUGGCAGUGGAUCGAAGAGCGAGCCGGGUUGGAGAGGUUGGGUGCGGAUCCGCCGCUGAGGAAGCGGAGCGUCGACCCACGAACGGUAGAAGAGAAGCUGAGGGAGGAGAGGAUGGACGAACGAGAGUUGAGAGAGGCGAUACGCGUUACGGAGGAGCAUCUGGAGGUGUUGAAGUCGGUGGUGAAUAGAAAGGGUACAGAAGGAAGGUGAUUCCCUUCCCGUUUACUACCUAACCACACACCACCUCACACCACACACCACAUACCACCUACCACGCACCCACCCACUAACUACAUUCAUUCCGGCUGGCGCCGCGGUUCUCUUUUGUUGUACUGUACUUAUCACAUUCCGGCGGCAAAGGUUUUAAGGCAUCAUGGCAUCAUGGGCUUUUGCAUAAGCGGGCGAUACACUUCAUACUCACUUUGUCAACUCCAAAUAUAUUAUUCAUAGCAAUGAACCCCAAGAACCUGGUUUUCGAGAGAUAG